GCCCCUGAGCUGCCUCCUGGACCCAGCUUGGGGGAGACAGCUCUUGCCUGGGAGGAUCUGGGGACGGAAGAGGGAGCCCAAGCUUCCACCCCAGGCCACCAAGGGCGGUCCAGCCUGGCCCUGCCCCCCUACCCCAGGCCUCCGCCCCUGCCCUUCCUACGCUAUGGGCUGGCGCCCAGUUAGCUCUGGAGCCCAAACCUGUCAGGCCGGUUUCAGAGCUGUGGAGUGGAGACGCAGGGAGGCUGGUGAAGGAUGCACGGCCUGCCCCGCGCUUGCCCGCUCCCUCCUGAGCCCGAGCUUGUCCUGCUGCCCACCCGUCAGACACCAUGAGGCACACAACUGGCCUCCUGGCACCCCUGCUGGGCCUGGGCCUGGGGCUGGCCCUGAGUCUGCCAGGGGCAGCAGCUGCAAACUGCAGGCCCAUCGGACCAGCUGAGCACCUGGCGUUCACCCCAGUGGCCAGAACCCGGUGGCUGGCCCCUCGUGUACGUGCCCCAGGGCCCCUGGACCCUCUCUAUGGCACCGUGCGCCGCUUCCUCUCUGUCGUGCAGCCCAAUCCCUUCCCUUCAGAGCUGGUGAAGGCCCUGCUGAAUGAGCCGGCCUCCGUGAAGGUGGAUGAGGUGGUGCGGUACGAGGCAGGCUACGUGCUGUGUGCUGUGAUCGCAGGCUUCUACCUCCUGGCAGUGCCCACCGCCGGGCUCUGUUUCUGUUGUUGCCGCUGCCGCCGGCGCUGCGGGGGCCGCGUGAAGACAGAGCACAAGGCGAUGGCCUGUGAGCGCGGCACCCUCAUGGCCUUCCUGCUGCUGACCACCCUCGUGCUGCUGGUUGGCGUCGUCUGUGCCUUUGUCACCAACCAGCGCAUACAUGAGCAGACGGGCCCCAGUGUCCAGGCUGUGCCUGAGACCCUGCUCAGCCUCCGGGGCCUGGUCUCUGAUGUCCCCCAGGAGCUGCAGGGCGUGGCACGGCAGUUCUCCCUGCCCCAGGAGCGAGUCUCGGAGGAGCUGGACGGUUUCGGCAUGAUUAUCGGGAGCACGAUCCACACCCAGCUCAAGAGCACCGUGUACCCGUUGCUGGCCUCAGUGCACAGCCUGGGCCAGGCCCUGCAGGUCUCCGUGGACCACCUCCGAGCCCUCAACGACACCACUGCAGAGCUGCGGGCGGUGCAGCAGGACCUGGAGCCGGCCGUCCGUGAGCGCAGGGAACGCCUCCUCGCCCUGCUGCAGGAGCCCGAGUGCCAGGGGGACUGCGCAGGGGCCCUGAGCCGUGUCCGCGCCCUAGAGCUGGGUGCUGACUUCAGCCAGGUGCCCUCUGUGGACGAUGUCCUGCAUCGGCUGAAGGGUGUCCCAGAGGCCAACUUCUCCAGCAUGGUCCAGGAGGAGAACAGCACCUUCAAUGCCCUCCCAGUCCUGGCAGCCAUGCAGAUGGCCAACAUGGUCACAGAGCUGAAGAAGGCAGUGGCCCAGCAGCCCAAAGGUUUGAGGACAUUGGCUGAAGGGUUCCCGGGCUCGGAGGCAGCUUCCCGCUGGAGCCAGGCACUGGAGGAGUUGGAGCAGAGCAGCCGCCCCUACCUGCAGGAGGUGCAGAGAUAUGAGACAUACAGGUGGAUCGUGGGCUGCGUGCUGUGCUCCGUGGUCCUGCUUGUGGUGGUCUGUAACCUGCUGGGCCUCAACCUGGGCAUCUGGGGGCUGUCUGCCAGGAAGGACCCCAGCCACUCGGAAGCCAAGGGCGAGGCUGGAGCACGCUUCCUCAUGGCAGGUGUGGGCUUCAGCUUCCUCUUCACUGCCCCACUCAUCCUGCUCAUCUUCGCCACCUUCUUAGUGGGUGGCAACAUGCAGACGCUGGUGUGCCGGAGCUGGCAGAGCGGAGAGCUCUAUGAGUUUGCAGAUACCCCAGGGAACUUGCCCCCAUCCAUGAACCUGUCCCACCUUCUUGGCCUGAAGAAAAACAUCAGCAUCCACCUGGCCUAUCAGCAGUGCAAGGAAGGGGCUGCGCUCUGGAGAGUCCUGCAGCUCAAUGACUCCUACGACCUGGAGAAGCACCUGGAUAUCAGCCAGUACACCAACAAGCAGCGGCAGGAGCUGCAGAGCCUCAAAAUGGACAUGCAGGACCUGGACCUGCUGAGCCCAGCCGCCCACCAGGACCUGGAGGCCCUGCAGAGCAGUGGGCUGGAGCACGUCCACUACCCCGACUUCCUCACUCAGAUCCAGAAGCCGGUGCUGAAGACCGACUUGGAGCAGCUGACUCAGGAACUGGAAGGGCUGGCCAAGGCCCAAGGCAAUCCUGCGCUGGGGCAGCAGCUGCGGGAGGAGGCCCACAGGCUCAGAAACCUCCACCAGGAGAAGGUCGUCCCCCAGCAGAGCCUCGUGGCGAAGCUCAACCUCAGUGUCAGGGCCCUGGAGUCCUCUGCCCCAGCUCUCCAGCUGGAGACGUCAGAUAUCCUAGGCAAUGUCACUUACCUAAAAGGAGAGCUGCCUGCCUGGGCCACCCAGAUCCUGAGGAAUGUGAGUGACUGCUUCCUGACCCGGGAGAUGGGCUACUUCUCCCAGUACGUGGCCUGGGUGAGAGAGGAGGUCACCCAGCACAUCGCCACCUGCCAGCCCCUCUCCGGAGCCCUGGACAAUGGCCGUGUGAUCCUGUGUGACAUGAUGGCUGACCCCUGGAAUGCCUUCUGGUUCUGCCUGGCGUCGUGCACCUUCUUCCUGAUCCCCAGCGUCAUCUUUGCUGUCAAGACCGCCAAAUACUUUCGUCCCAUCCGGAAACGCCUCAGCUCCACCAGCUCUGAGGAGACUCAGCUCUUCCACAUUCCCCGGGUCACCUCCCUGAAGCUGUAGGACCCAGUGGGGCAAGGUGAUCCCUGGGGCUUCCUGCCCCCUCCGACUCAGGCGGACCAGAGGAUUUCUGCAGUGCUUGCCCCAGACCCCAGGCAUCCAGACCUGGACCGUCCCCGACUCCAGCUUACCUGGCCCCUUCUUGCCUGUUCCUUUCCUGCCCCCUUUCUGCUCGUGACCCUCCUCCAUUCUCAAAAUCACACUUGACUUCUGUUGAGCUACAGAGCCAGCAGGUUCUUCCAGGUGUCCACCCCUUACCCUCCUUGCUGAGAUAUGUCAUCGCCAGAAAGAGCCUGCCCUUCCCCUAUUGGAACCCCCUCCCCCUAUUGUGCCCCCUCCCCCACCCCAUGCCUCCCUCGGCCCCUCUCUAGCUCCCUGUCCCUGUUCCUCAUCUGGCCUCCCCACUGCCCUGACUGCCCUCCUGUGCCCUCCCCAGCCCUUGCUUCCUACUUCCAGGGAAGUCCUUUCCCCACUCUGUCCCCACUUUACCUUAUCCCCACUACUGCCUACUAGUUCCAGGGACCCCUCCUGCCUAACCAAACUAAUCAGGUGAAACCACCAAGCAGGCAGGGGCCACUAUGGUCAGGUCUGGGCUGUCUGCAGGCUGCGUCUCAUGGCCAGGCAAGCCCUCCGCUGCCCCAGGGCCUUGGACCCUCUGCAGGACCCAGCCUGGAUUUAUCGGCCUCCAGUGAGGCUUGUCUGAAGGCUAGGCUUCCCUGCCUGUACUCCAGGUUAAAAAUGGUAGUGCUGGCACUUAGCUUCUCUCUGAGCACUGGCCCCAAGGAAGGGACCUGGGACCUGAGCCAGAGUGAGGGUUUCUGCUUAUCUCCCCAGAAGGUAGCAUCUUCCCUGGCCCACACCCAGAUUUCCCAGGAGGGAUCUGCUGGCCAGAGCAGGAUUUUGCACUAUCCCUUCUAUUGUGUGCAUGUGGCCUGGGGUCAACCCUAGCCCAUCCCCAGGUCAUCCCUGCACGCUGGACCCUGAGUUCCAGCAAUGAGGAAGAGGAAGAGGAGAGAGAAGAGGAGAUGGAUAGAUGUCAGAUCCAUUGAAGUAUUCUCACCUACCUAAGCCUUGGUUUUGGGUCCUUAAAACCAGGUCUCCCGGGCUGGGUGCCUGUACACAGCUGGUGUUUAAUGAGUGUUUAUGGAGAGGAGAAUUCCAAGGCCUCCUCUGAUUAUAGGCAUCCAGGGAAUAUUCCAGCAGUCAGCACAUGGGGAGUGGGGCCUAGACUAGCAGCACACUGUCAGGAGCAGGCAGAUCUGGACUCACAGCCUGGCUCUGAUGCUUGUUAGCUGGGGCAUCUUGAACGUGUUACAAAGGUCUCCUAAACCAUUUAUAAGAUAGGAGAAUAGUCACAGCCUCCUCACAGGGCUGUGAAAAUUAAAUGUGAUAAUGCAUGGAAAGCCAUCAUAAGGGGCCUGGCACAAAACAAAUGCUCAGUACAUGGGAGCUGCUUUUUUUUUUUUUUUUUUUACUCACCGUGACUGCUUUGGGCCAAGGCAGAGAUAGGGUUUGGGAAGAUGCCAGGGAAGAGGGAGACAGGUUCCUGUUCAAAGGCAAAAAGCCCUUUAAGAUUGUGGUCUGUGGGUUUCAGGGAGUGUCUAUGUUUAAUUGCAUCUUAUAAACCAACAACAAAUUUUCUACUAGAAAUUAGGACGGUGCAUACAUAAUGUGUUGGCAAGUACAUUCUCAAACAACCAUCCUUACAUGUGCCACAGUUGCCUCUUUUUGACCUUUCCCAGAGGUUUUUUGCUUGUUACUCUUCUGUUAACCUGUGUGGGGGAAGUAGCACUCUGUAUUUAAAAAAAUGCAAUUGAUGAGAUUAAAACAAAUGAAAUAGGAACAAUUAAAAAAUCAUUUCCAGUUCUCUGUCAAAAUUAACUACCUUAUCUUUUAUAUAUUUGAGCAUAUUAAACAUAAUUAUUUUCAAGUUCAA